CUGCCAUCUUGCAGCAUCUCGAUCUUCUUUCGACGCAAGCACCACUAUGCCGCCCGCACAACCGGGGCCGAGCAAGCCCAAGGCCACGAUGGCGAACGGCACAACGCCCAAGGCCAAGCCCAAAACCCGCGUGGCCAACUUCUUCAGCGACGACGACGAGGCCGACCACGAGCGCGCUGCCGCUGCUGGUGCCGCGCCGGCGAACGGCGUGGUGCGCAAGAAGCGGCGGCUGAACGACAAGCACGGCAAGGGCAAGGCGCGCUCCGAGGAGCUGGAGCGCAUUGCCGCCGAGCUGCUGGUCAAGCGGUACGAGCUGCCAUUCUACCAGGGCCGGAGAGACAUCCUGUCCCAGAUCCUGGACAACGACACGGUCGUGAUCAUCGGCGAGACGGGCUGCGGCAAGUCGACGCAGCUUGGCCAGUUGUUGCGGCGGCACGCGCUCGCACUGGAGCACUACGGCCCGCGCGGCCCCUCGGUGGCCAUCACGCAGCCGCGCCGUCUGCCGACGAUCAGCCUGGCGACGCGCGUGGCGGCCGAGAUGGGCGUCGCCGUCGGCGGCGAGGUGGGCUACGCCGUGCGAUUCGAGGACGCGACGUCGCGCGACACGCGGGUGCGCUUCAUGACUGAGGGCGUGUUGAUGCGCGAGCUGGCCAACGACGGGCCGCAGGCCAAGAAGGACAAGGGCAAGGCAAAUGGCGAGGCGAAGGACGACACCGCCGCCGACGACCCGCUCAACCUCCUCCUCCGGUACGACGUCGUCAUCAUCGACGAGGCGCACGAGCGCACGCUCAACACGGAUUUCCUCCUCGGGUCCAUGAAGAAGAUCCAGCGGCUGCGGAAAGCGCGCGCGGGCGAGGGGGUCAAGCCACUCAAGAUUGUGAUUAUGAGCGCGACCCUCGACCCGGUGAAAUUCACGUCCUUCUUCUCUGGCGCGCCGGCGCUGCACGUCCCCGGACGCAUGUUCGACGUCGCGACGAGCCACACGGCCAAGCCGGUCGACGACUUUGUCGAGGCUGCUGCCGACGCCGCGUUGAUGGUGCACACGCGCAAGCCGAGCCCGGUCGGCGAGAUGCUCGUGUUCAUGCCGGGCUCUGACGAAAUCGAGAACCUCGUGUCCCUCCUCAAGCGCAGGGGUAACGACCUCGCGCCGGACGCGACGCAGCUCCAAGUCCUGCCGCUGUACGCCUCGCUCCCCGCGACGGCGCAGUCCAAGAUCUUCGCCCCCGUGCCGGGCAACACGCGGCGCGUGGUCGUGGCCACCAACAUUGCCGAGACGUCGCUCACGAUCCCCGGCGUCGGCUUCGUCAUCGACUCGGGCUACAAGAAGGAAAAAGAGUUCAUCUACCGCGCGUCGGGCGCAAUCGAGCACCUGCGCAAAAUGGAGAUCUCGCAGGCGUCGGCGUGGCAGCGGACCGGCCGCGCAGGCCGCGAAAUGCCAGGCGAGUGCCUGCGGCUGUACACCGAGGCCGCGUUCCGCAAGAUGCCAGAGUUCGACACGCCCGAAAUCCAGCGGUGUAACCUCGCCAACGCGGUGCUGCAGCUCAUCGCGAUGCGACAGGACCCCUUUGCAUUCGAGUACAUUGACCCACCGUCGCGCGACUCGAUCGCCGCGGCGUUCCGCACACUCGCUGGCCUCGGCGCCAUCUCCUCCCCCACCGACAUCACCCCGCUGGGACGGCAAAUGCUGCACUACCCACUCGAUCCGGAACACGCGCGUAUCCUCGUCGCGGCGUUCGAGCUCGGCUGCGCCGCCGAGCUGAUCGACAUCCUCGCGCUCGUUGUCUCUGGGCCAGUGUUCCACGAUCGCGGGGACACGCGCGAGACGGCGGCGGCCGCGCGCGCAAAGUUUAUCCACCGAGACGGCGACCACCUGACCGCGAUGAACGUCCUGCGCGCUUACCUCUCCCUGCGGUCCGGUGACAACGACGACGGCGACGACGACGACAGGCCAAAAGCAGGCAAGGGCGGCAUCGGCGCCUGGUGCCGCGACAACCACGUCAACGGCAAGACGCUGGCGGCCGCCGCGCGCGUGCGCGCCCAGCUGCGCAUGCUCGCCGAGCGGCACGGCGCGGACGCGAGCUCGUCGUGCGCCGGCGACUUUAGCCUCGUCGGCCGCGCGCUCCUCCAGGGCCUGUUCAUGAACACGGCCGUCAUCCAGGCCGACGGGAGCUACAGGCAGACGGUCGGCUCGCUCACCGUCAAGAUCCACCCGUCGAGCGUGCUCGCCGGCCGCAAGGUGCCUGCCAUCGUGUACGACGAGCUGGCGAUCACGAGCGCAAUCUACGCGCGCAACGUGAGCGCGUUCGACCAGGACCUGCUUGUCACCGUGCCGUGGUUCCAGAAGGCGGGGGCCGCGCAGCCCGUCAGCCGGAAAACAGUCUAG